UUACAACCUUUGGAUUUUGUCCCCCUUCCUUCCACUCACCUUCUGGCUGUUAUUUUAAGUUAGAACUGCCUGAGUAACUAAACAAGGAUUCCAAGAAAAAGAAAAAAAAAUGGUGGCAGCCAUUUCUGUUUCUUCUCCAAAAUCAACUGUUUUUCAGAGCCCAAUCUCUUUGAGAGAUUCCUAUUCAUGUUUCCUUGGUGGGUCAUUGAAGGGUUUUUCUUUGCAGUGGAAACCAAGGAGCCAGAAGAAAGAUGGUAAUAUUAGCUUGGUGGUUGCUUCUGCUGGUGCUGCAACCACCGCAGCUGGAAGUGAUAGUGGUGGCUCUGCUAACAGGUUUUACUUUAACAUAACAGGCUUUCCAUUCCCUCUCGGCCCUUUUCUUAAUAGGCGCACUACUAGGACUGAGGCUGUGAAAGGCUCUAUAUGGCUAUUCGAACAAGAGCAAGCAUUAGGCUUCAGCAGUGUCUCAACAAACAUUCGGAUGACGGUUAUCAAACUUAAAUCUGGGGGACUGUGGGUCCAUGCACCUGUUGCCCCAACCAAAGAAUGCAUAAAGCUUUUGAAGGAAUUAGGAGCUCCAGUAGAAUACAUUGUCCUGCCUACAUUUGCUUAUGAGCAUAAAAUUUUUGUGGCCCCUUUUUCUAGAAAAUUUCCUAAGGCUCAAGUGUGGGUGGCACCAAGGCAAUGGAGUUGGCCCUUGAAUUUACCCCUUGAAUUUUUUGGGAUUUUUCGUGCCAAAAUUUUGAAAGAUGAGGAUUUGUCAACUCCAUGGGCUGAUGAAAUUGAACAAAAAGUUCUAAGCUCGCCAGAAGUUGGAAUUGGACCAUAUGUAGAGGUGGCGUUCUAUCAUAAAUGUUCAAGAACACUUCUGGUUACAGAUGCAGUUAUAUAUGUCCCAAAGAAGCCGCCCAAGUGUAUUAACAAAGAAUACCUCUUGGCAUCAGCAAAAAAUGGCUUGGCAGUAAAACUACUUAGCAAAGGAAAGAAAGUUCCUGAUGAACCAGUAGUUGACAAUGAAAUAAACCGUCAAAAAGGGUGGGAAAGAAUGGUUCUACAGAUACUGUUCCUUGGUCCAUCAAAUCUUUUGGAACCGAAUGCUAGUUUUGCUCAGAUGUCACAAAAGCUGAUUGUUUCUCCUAUCAUAAAGACACUAGUUUUCAGCAAAGUUCCAGAUAAAGUUAGGGAUUGGAUUGAUGGCAUUACAAGGGACUGGAAAUUCAAGAGGAUAAUUCCUGCCCAUUUUGCAGGUCCGAUUAAAGCAGGCAGGGCCGAAUUAUUAGCUGCAUUUGCAUUUCUUGAUGACUUUUUAGGUGAGCCAUAUGUAACUCGGCCUUCACUUUCUCUUCUCUUCACAUCAUUCAUGGGGAAGGCAGCCAGUUACUUCCCACCAGAUGAUAUGAAGACAUUAUCAUCCCUUGAUGAAUUUUUAGUGUCUGUGGGAGUCGUGAAGAAAACGGUCUCCGGCCGGAAACGAUGAUAAUCACCUGCUUGAUGUGUAGAAACUUCUAUAUCUAGGGUAUAGACCAUAUACCAUUUCACAGCUGUUCAACAUGUUUACAAGUUUAAAGAUAAAAGUAGAGCUUUGAUUACCCUUCUUCGAGUCUUCUACAAUUAAAUUGAAAUGAAAUGCAAAAAGUAUGAAGUCAAAUAGGAGAUGCUUAGAUGCAUUAUUAUUAUUUCAUAGAAAAUGUUGCAUGUGCAAGAAAUUUCAUGUCUCCUGGUUUUCAUGUUUUGCUUCACAAUGAAGCAAAGAAAUAAAAGCUGCUGCAAGAACCCUACAUGAGUUAAGAGUAAGGGCCCUUCUUCCAAUUACAUGGAGAAUAUAUAAUUCAACCACCCAAAAGAACACAAAAACACUUUUCCCCUCUUCGAUAUAUAUGUCAAGGAUAAGAUAUCCUAAAAUUAAGAAAAAUAAAUAAGGAUUAGAGAGAAAGAACAAGAGUUAUCUUGGGGUCCAAUUGGGAAACAAAACAAGGCAAGCAGCUGGAAACAGGUAGGGUUGGAACAGGCUUGCCCUUAGCUAUGCCAAACUUGUCUUGAGGAACAAAUUAUGACCAAGAAACUUAUGAAGAAGCAAAAUUCAUACCAAAUAUAAUGAAAGUAUUUGAUUUUCAUAAACAUCAUGGACCCAACUUUUUGGUUGGGUGGUCAACUUCCUCAACUAAAGCUACCAAAGUUAGACAAAUAUAAAUUUGGGUUUUUUUUUUUUUUUGUGGCCCUAA